AUGCCUUCAAACUCGUUCGUCAGCAGUUCAGACGACGCGAGAUUGCCGCUGGUUCGGGAGCUUGACGACGGGAGCGUGCAGAACACGUCAAGCCACCCGAACCCCACAGAGAUCUCGAACCGUUCAAGCAAACGGCGUGUCGGCGUCUGUAGCGAUAGGCCGGGCUUUACGAGUGGUCAACACAUUGCCAGCCUUGCCCUAUCGGGAGAUGCUCUGGGCUGA